AUGCCCCACAUCCGGAAGACAAACAGAAUCGGUACACAAUUAAGGAACGAAACAAUUGAAAAAUUUAUAAAUAAAUAUAAAAUUGAUAAAAUAAUAUCAAAAGUGGAUCGAACGAAUCAACGUGGGAUAAUCAAGUUCGAAAGGCAGAAUGAAGAAGGGAAAAAUGGAAACGUCGGUGACGAGGGUCGAAACGUUACAGUUUUGGACAGUAACGAAUUCGAAGAAAGAGUUAUAAGAUCCGUUUACGGAAAUAAAUAUGACGAAAAAAAUUCAUCAUCACAAGGUUCCGAGGUAUCAUCAUCGAAAAAUUCAAACGAAGAUUGUUUUGAUAAAAAAACAUCGGAUAACGAUAAAAGAGAAAAUGUAAACGAUCGGAAAAACGCGGUGGAAAAUAUAAAAAAAUGUUCGGUUGAUUCGUCAGUGCGGUUGACUUCAUCAAACGCGGUCGAACAUCAUCCGCAAAAAGAUAAAAAAGUAAAAUUUGCGGAAUCUCCUUCGAAAAGUGGUGACGUCGUACGAAAACAUCAAUACGGUCAUAACAAAUCGGAAAAGUAUAAAUAUUAUUCGCAUUAUAAACCGGAAACGAAAAAUUUUCACAUUUCGCAUACACCUGAUUUAUACGGUCCUCAGGUUGGAGAAAUUGCCGUGGUUACGGAUUUAGUACCGGAUGAUCCGAUAUCGGCAUGUCUUCCAUGUUUGGAAGCGAAUGGGACUUAUAUAUGCACUCCUUGUAAUCCAAGAUGUUUCAUCAUUCAAAAGGUUUUCCUAAUUGAAAUUUCAUGCUUUAAACAUGUUUGA